CAGGCCUACUAUUUUAUUUGUUAGUGAUCUCGAUAAUUAUUAAUUAACGAAUGAUUAUGAUGCAAGAUUUAUUAAUUUCUUUCAAUUAUUCGUAAAGUAACAUUCCGUAAAUUUAUAUUUCAAGUUGUGUGUGACAAACAAUCAUGUCUUCUGACGAAGAGUACAACAGUGGAAGUGAAGCCGAGGAAAAUAAUACUCAAGAGAGUGUUAGUGACGAAGAAGAGCCUGAAGGCGAAGUCUUAAACUCAGAAGACGAUUACGACGAUGAAGAUGAAGAAAGAGACAAUGCUCGUUACAAAAAAAGACGUAACGAACGCCAUGGAGGGUUUAUUCUCGAAGAAGCUGAAGUUGACGACGAGGUAGAAUCAGAAGACGAAUACGACGAUGAACAGGAAAUCGGUGUUGUUGCCAAUGAAAUCGACGAAGUUGGUCCGACUGCUCAAGAAAUCGAAGGGCGUAGAAGGGGUACCACUUUCUGGGAUUCUCAGAAAGAAGAUGAAAUUGAGGAAUAUCUACGAAGAAAGUAUGCCGGAGAAUCGAUGUCGGCUAAACAUUUCGGCGAUGGUGGAGAAGAUAUGUCGGACGAAAUUACCCAACAAACUCUACUUCCUGGCGUCAAAGAUCCAAAUUUAUGGAUGGUGAAAUGUCGAAUGGGUGAAGAGAAGAAUACGUGUUUGCAAUUGAUGCGUAAAUUCAUCGCGUACAUGUUGACUGAAGAACCUCUUCAGAUAAAAUCUGUCGUAGCUCCAGAAGGAGCCAAAGGUUAUAUUUACAUUGAAGCUUAUAAACAAGCUCAUGUGAAACAAGCUAUUGAUCGAAUCGGUAGUUUAAGAAUGGGUGUUUGGAAGCAACAGAUGGUACCUAUUAAAGAAAUGACUGACAUUUUACGAGUAGCAAGAGAAAAAGUUGGAUUAAAACCUAGACAGUGGGUUCGAAUAAAACGAGGUUUGUACAAAGAUGACAUUGCUCAAGUGGAUUAUGUUGAUAUAGCACAGAAUAGAGUUAGUCUCAAAUUGCUUCCAAGAAUCGACUAUACUAUACCCAGUAAAGCAUUAAGAGCAGUACAGGAUAUUGACGAUACUUUGAAACGUAAGAAGAAGAAACGACCAGCUGCUAAGCCUUUUGAUCCUGAAGCCCUUCGAGAAUUAGGUCAUGAAGUCGGUACCGAUGGAGAUUUCAAGAGUUUCAAAAACAAACGUUACAGUUCGAAGGGAUUUUUGUAUGAUAAUUUCAAGAUGGACAAUAUACUAGUUGAUGGCGUCAAACCGACCUUAUCGGAAUUGGAAAAAUUUGAAGAAGCUCCAGAAGGAGUAGAUAUAGAGUUACCUACUGCCAACAAAGAUGAAUCAGCUGGUCAAAUAUUUAGUGCUGGUGAUAAUGUAGAAGUAUGUCAAGGAGAAUUGAUACAUCUUCAGGGAAAAAUUCUCUCCAUUGAUGGAAGUUUUAUUACUGUGAUGCCUAAACAUAACGAGUUAAAAACUCCGCUCGAAUUUCAAGCUUGCGAGUUGAAAAAGCACUUCAAAAUGGGAGAUCACGUUCGUGUAAUCUCCGGCAGAAACGAAGGAGACACCGGAUUGGUUAUCAGAGCUGAAGAUAAUCGUACCGUCGUAUGUUCUGAUCUCACGAUGCACGAGUUGGAAAUUUUACCUCGAGAUUUACAACUUUGCACUGAUAUGGCUACUGGAGUUGAUUCUUUAGGGCAGUUCCAACAUGGCGAUUUAGUACAGAUCGAUCCUCAAACUGUUGGUGUUAUUGUACGACUCGAAAAGGAAAUUUUCCAUGUUUUAAAUAUGCAUGGAAAAGUUGUCGAAGUGAGACCGCAAGCUUUGCACAAACGUAAAGAGUAUAAAAAUACUCUCGCUUUGGAUUCCGAUCAGCAAACAAUUCAAAGGAAAGAUAUUGUCAAAGUAAUCGAUGGACCACAUUCGGGACGCGGAGGAGAAAUCAAACAUUUAUAUCGAAAUUUUGCGUUUUUGUUCUCCAAAAUGUUUCUGGAUAACAGUGGAAUUUUCGUAUGUAAGACUCGCCAUUUGCAAUUGGCUGGAGGCGGUCGAGACGCGUCUACCAUAUCGUUGGAUUUUGCCAUGUCUCCGAGGAUUUCAUCUCCUGCUCAUCCAAGUGGUGGAAGUGGUGGUAGAGGUAGAGGUCGCGGAGGUUUUACCAUGAGAGAUAGAGAAAUCAUUGGUAAAACAAUAAAAAUUACCAGAGGACCGUACAAAGGAAAUAUUGGAAUUGUGAAAGAUUCGACCGAUACCACUUCCAGAGUUGAAUUACACACUUCGUGUCAAACUAUUUCGGUGGACAGAAACAAUAUCCAAAUCGUCGGCGAACCCAACAAAGAUGGAUCAUACUCGUCGUACUCUCGAACUCCUGCUUGCGUUGGCCAAACUCCGAUGUACGCUGGAGGUAGCAGAACACCGAUGCACGGUUCACAAACUCCAUUAUACGACAGUAGUGGAAAUCGUACUCCACGUCAUUACGGUAGUAUGACGCCUGUGCACGAUGGCUCGAGAACCCCUGCUCUUUGGGAAGGAUCGGUAUCGAAUACACCGGCUCGUCAAUCAGAACCUGAAGAAGAGAACUGGGAUACGUGUUUCAACAAUAGUCCAUCAAACAACUACGCUCCGCAGACGCCUGCGAGCAAUUACGCAUCUUCGGACAAUUCCUUUUCUCCUUACCAUACAAAUUCUCCGUCCGCUUAUCACGGAAGCAGUGCUUCAUCGUCAUCAUAUAUGCAUACCCCUAGUCCCGGCGGAAGUGCUUUUGGAAAAUACAGCACGACUUCGCCGAUUAGUUACAGUCCUAUGACUCCCGGCAGUUCGUCGUCUGUUCAGUCACCUUACGAUAAUCCUGGAACACCUGGCUCAGGAAUAGAAAUGACCAGCUUACAAGAGAGCUUUACUCCUGGUGUUUUUGUACGUGUGCUCGAUUCUUUCGACGAUCGUGGUUUAGUUGGACAAACCGGAGUUAUUAGAAGAAUCAAGGAUGGAAUGUGUACCUUAUUCAUCGAAGACGAAGGGCAAGACUUCAACAUUCCGUGUGAUUGUUUGGAACCUGUCGCGCCCAGAAUUAACGAUUGGGUUAAAGUUCUACUUGGAGACGAAAGCGGAAUGACUGGUAAAUUACUGUCUAUCGAUGGUCAAGAUGGCGUUGUUCAAUUUAAAGACGAAACCAAUCCAAAAUUAAUUCAAGCUCGUGUACUUUGUCGAUACCAACAAGACUAAGUUUUAUAUCAGAAAAAUUUCCGUUCAAUUUUGCAAAAUAAUCUUGUAUUCAGUAGAAUUUUUUUACAUUUAGUUAUUUGAUAAUUUUUUUCUAGUUGAACUUUGUAUCUCAUUAUUUGGUAAUUCUUCUAUUUUUCGAUUGUAUUUUUAUAUUCAAUAUUUUACAUCAACUGUCAACUUGAUUUAUGCGACAGAGUAAUCGUGAUUGUUUCUUAGUGGACCACCUAACUUUAUCAUGUGAACGAUUUGAGUUUGGUAUUUUCGAAAAACUUUGAAGGAUUAAUUUUUUGUACCUACCUCGGUAAAACAUUACGAUGUAGUUAUGUUUUGUGUGAUUCGAGUUAUUUUUGAGAAACUCACUUUAUUAUAAUAUGAAUUACUUUCCUCGAUGAAAUGUAACAGUGUAGUUAUGUCAAUGAAGAUCAAUAAAAGAUACACUUCAGUUCAAA